AUGGCCCUGCUGCUCCUGGGGAUCCUGCUGCUCCUGGGGCUCUGGGGGCUGCUCCAAGCCUGCACCCCCACCCCCUCCCCAGCCCCUCGCUGGCCCCCUGGGCCACGUCCGCUGCCCCUCAUCGGAAACCUGCACUUGCUGCAUGUGUCCCAGCAGGACCGGUCACUGAUGGAGCUCUCAGAACGGUACGGGCCGGUGUUCACUGUUCACCUGGGGCGUCAGAAGACGGUGGUGCUGGCUGGCUACGAGGCUGUGAGGGAGGCCCUGGUGGGCACCGGGCCGGAGCUGGCUGACCGGCCCCCCAUCGCCAUCUUCCAGCUCAUCCAGGGAGGUGGGGGCAUCUUCUUCUCGUCGGGGGCACGCUGGAGGGCCGCCCGCCAGUUCACCGUGCGCACCCUCCAUGGCCUGGGCGUGGGGAGGGGGCCCGUGGCCGACAAGGUCCUGCAGGAGCUGAGGUGCCUCAUGGGGCAGCUGGACUGCUACGGAGGCCAGCCUUUCCCCCUGGCCCUGCUGGGCUGGGCCCCCUCCAACAUCACGUUCACGCUGCUCUUUGGCCGGCGAUUCGAAUACCAGGAUCCCGUGUUCGUGUCCCUGCUGAGCCUUAUCGAUGAGGUCAUGGUCCUCUUGGGGACCCCCAGCCUGCAGCUGUUCAACAUCUACCCCUGGCUGGGGACCCUCCUCCAACUGCACCGGCCUGUCCUACGGAAGAUAGAGGAAGUCCGAGCCAUCCUGAGGACCCAGCUGGAGGCGCGGCGGCCCCCCACGCCCGGGGGAGGCCCCGUGAAGAGCUACAUGGACGCCCUGAUCCAGCAGGGCCAGGGGAAUGACCCCCAAGGCCUGUUUGCCGAGGCCAACAUGGUGGCCUGUGCCCUGGACAUGGUCAUGGCUGGUACAGAGACCACGUCGGCCACGUUGCAGUGGGCUGCCCUCCUGAUGGGCAAGCACCCGAGUGUGCAAGGUCGGCUGCAGGAGGAGCUGGACCGCGUGCUGGGGCCCCGACGGCACCCCCGCCUGGAGGACCAGCGGUCCCUGCCCUACACCAAUGCUGUGUUGCACGAGGUCCAGCGGUUCAUUACCCUCCUGCCCCACGUGCCGCGGUGCAUGGCGGCUGACACCCAGCUGGGCGGCUACCUGCUCCCCAAGGGCACGCCUGUGAUCCCCCUGCUGAGCUCUGUGCUCCUGGACAAGACACAGUGGGAGACGCCCCACCAGUUCAACCCGGGCCACUUCCUGGACGCCGAGGGGCGCUUUGUGAAGCGGGCAGCCUUCCUGCCCUUCUCUGCAGGCCGCCGCGUCUGUGUGGGAGAGAGCUUGGCCAGGUCGGAGCUGUUCCUGCUUUUCGCUGGCCUCCUCCACAGAUACCGCCUGCUGCCCCCCCCCGGCCUCAGCCCUGCGGCCCUGGACACCACUCCCGCCCCGGCCUUCACCAUGCGACCGCCAGCCCAGGCCCUCUGUGCAGUGCCCAGGCCCAAGGGCUCUGACCAAGGAGACCCGGGGAGGGUCUGAGUCACUCCCCCAGGUCCCAGCUUGGGGUGCUCUGUGGAGGAUGGAGGCAGGACAAAUGGACGGACAGACAGAAAGCCCCUCAUGGGAGCCCUUGCUGGGCUCUUUGCUGUGGUUCCCCAAAGCCCCUCCUGGGCCAGAUCCUGUUCUUUCGGGGGCUCAGCCC